AUGCUGCAAGCUUUCCAGGAAAAUAUCUCCCUAGGAAGACUGCCUGUACCGGAGCCAAACAUAUUCAGUGGAGAUCCCAUGCAAUUUCCUGAGUGGAAGAAUGCAUUUACAGCGCUGAUCGCACGCAAAAAUAUUGGAGCUGCAGAUAAGUUGUUUUAUCUCCGAAAGUACACCUCCGGAGCCGCAGCUAAGAUGAUUCAAGGUGCUUUUCUUCGCUCAGAUGAAGCAGCCUAUAAGGAUGCUUGGUCUAAGUUGAACACUAGGUUUGGAGAUCCCUUCAUCAUCCAGAGGGCUUUUAGGGAAAAAAUUGCUCACUGGCCAAAGGUGGAAGAUAAUGAUGCCAAGGCACUUCGAGACUAUUCUGACUUCCUCUCAGCUUGCAAUGAUGCCAUACCACAUGUCAAGGGUUUAUCCAUCUUAGAUGACUGUGAAGAGAAUAGAAAAAUGGCAAUUAAACUACCUGCAUGGGUCGGGAACCGAUGGAAUCGUCGGGUGACUACUUCACUGAAGAAGCAGGAGUAUCCUUCCUUCAAGGUUUUCUGUGACUUUGUAGCAGAAGAAGCUGAGGUAGCCUGUAACCCGAUCACAUCGCCAUUUGGGUUAAAGUUUCAGGAGAGUCAAAGGAAGGAAGCACGACAAGACAAACCAAAACAUCAAGUUAUGGUAACACAAGCAUCUAAUCCAAUCGCACCAUCUCCUUCAACCACUCCUCAAUCUCAGGCAUCUAACAACCAAGCCAACCCUCCUCCCCCCUGCACAUUUUGCGAUGGCGCUCACUCCAUCCACAAGUGCUCAAAGUUCGGAGACAAGUCUAUGGAGGAAAAGACAAAGUUCAUUCAAGAAAAUAGGCUCUGCUUCGGAUGUUUGAGAAAGGGUCACUACUCCAAAAACUGUAAGCGGCGAUCCACAUGUGCGAAGUGCAAGCGAUCUCACCCGACUGCUCUCCAUUAUGCAAGCCACCGACCAGCUCGCGCAACCGCUGUUGCAUAA